GGAGUUAUCGUAGUUUGUAACAGAACAUUAACGUAACAAAACAAAGAUGAGCCAAGAGCAACCAAGUAGGCCAAAAGAGCCAGUCAAAUACGGGGACGUUUUUGAAGUCUCCGGUGAACUUGCCGAUAAGCCCAUAGCACCUGAGGAUGCAAAGAUGAUGCAAUCUGAGGAGACACGAGUGUUCGGCCAUACUCAAAAAGGCGGUCCAGCUGCCGUCAUGCAAUCUGCAGCCACCGUCAACAGACGCGGUGGCUUCGUCCAUCCAGGUGACAAAACUGAGCUUGUCGCUGAACGAGGCGUCACCGUGGAGCAAACAGUCCCUGCUUCAACUGUCACAACCGAAUUCGUCGGUGGACAGGUGGUCGGACAACAUGUUGAACCGAGGCGCAUAGUCGCUGCAGCACGGACGGACGAAGAAGCUUUGCAAAGUACAAUAACGAUUGGAGAAGCAUUAGAAGCGACCGUGAAGACCGCUGGAAAUAAACCGGUGGAUCAAAGCGAUGCAGCAGCGAUUCAAGCGGCAGAGAUGAGAGCUUCGGGUACCAACGUCAUUGCUAUAGCAGGAGUCGCCGCUUCAGCUCAAUCCGCAGCGGAUUACAACGCUACCGUAGAUCGGGACGAGAGGAAAAUCAAGCUUAGAGAUGUUUUAACGGGUGCGGCGGGGAAGUUAUCGGCAGAUAGAGCUGUGACUAGGGAGGAUGCAGAGGGAGUGGUGAGCGCCGAGAUGAGGAAUAACCCUAAAUUGUGUACUCACCCUGGUGGUGUAGCGGCUUCUCUUACCGUCGCUGCUAGGCUUAACGAGAGAGUCGAUAUAUGACAUGACAAAUCCCGCAAGAGGAGGAUGAUUGUGUUUGUUUGUUUGUUUGCUUGUCUCACAACUUAGGAAACAUGUGAUGUAAAAUCUGUCUAGCUUUUUGUUCUGUUGUUACAAAAAGUUCAGUAAUAGUGUUAAGGAUAGGAAAAAUGGUGACUUGGGUUUAAAGUAAACCUUUCUUUAGCUG